UCAAGUUGCGUGUCGGUCAGAAAUCGAAUCACAUUUUCAUGUACGCUCACAUGUCAAUCUAUUUUAACUUUCACCGUGAAUUUCUUGGUUAACUGACGCAAGAAAUGUUACAUUGCGCUAGGUCAACGAUUUUUUUUUCUGAAAGAUGGUUGAAACAAAGAGUGACUUAGCUACUGAGGAGAAUGCUCCACCAAAAACUGCUAAGCAAUUGGAGAAAGAGGCUAAAAAACUUGCUAAACUAGAAAAGUUUAAACAAAAGCAGGACAAGAAAGAGACUAGCUCCGAGGUGACAACUAAACCAAAAGAAAAAAUUGAGAAAAUUGAGAAAAAGAAAGAGGCUAAGGACUCGGCUCUGUAUACUAUCGAGACUCCGGUGGGCUCUAAGAAAGAUGUCUCCUGUUCCAUGCCUGAUGCUUAUAGUCCGCAAUAUGUCGAAGCAGCCUGGUACUCUUGGUGGGAAAAAGAGGGUUUUUUUAAACCAGAAUAUGGAAGAAAAUCGAUUUUGGAAGAAAAUCCAAAAGGGAAAUUUGUCAUGGUUAUUCCACCGCCCAAUGUCACAGGAGCUCUUCAUCUUGGUCAUGCAUUAACAAAUGCUGUGGAAGAUGCCAUAACAAGAUGGAAUCGCAUGAAGGGACGCACAACCCUUUGGAAUCCGGGUUGCGAUCAUGCUGGUAUUGCUACUCAAGUGGUUGUGGAGAAGAAACUUUGGCUCGAAGAGAAAAAGACGAGACACGAUCUUGGGAGGGAAAAGUUUGUUGAAAAAGUCUGGGAAUGGAAGAACGAAAAAGGUGACAGAAUUUAUCAGCAACUAAGAAAACUGGGAAGUUCUUUCGAUUGGGAAAGAGCUUGUUUCACGAUGGAUCCAAAACUGUGCCGUGCAGUGACAGAAGCAUUCGUUCGUUUGCACGACGAGAACGUGAUUUACCGUAGCAAUCGUUUGGUGAAUUGGUCAUGCACCUUGAAAAGUGCUAUAUCGGAUAUCGAAGUUGACAAAGUUGAGUUGACAGGCAAAACAGCGUUAACGAUUCCUGGAUAUAACGAGAAAAUCGUGUUCGGUGUUUUGGUACAUUUUGCCUACGAAGUCGAAGAUUCUGAUGAAAAAUUGAUCGUCGCUACGACUCGUAUUGAAACGAUGCUCGGUGACACUGCCGUUGCUGUUCAUCCAAAAGAUUCUCGCUAUUCUCAUCUCGUUGGAAAAUACGUAAAACAUCCAUUCUGCGAGAGAAAAAUUCCUAUUAUCGCUGACGAUUUUGUUGAAAUGGAAUUCGGCACCGGGGCUGUGAAAAUAACACCUGCCCAUGAUCCCAAUGAUUAUGAAGUCGGCAAACGCCACGAUUUACCUUUCAUCACUAUUUUCGAUGAUGAUGGAAAUAUUACCGGAAACUGCGGCAAAUUCACGGGUAUGAAGCGAUUCCAUGCGAGAAAGGCUGUAUUGGAAGAAUUGACAAAACUGAAUCUUUUCGUCGAAAUAAAAGACAAUCCAAUGGUAGUGCCAAUCUGCAGUCGUUCCAAGGAUGUUGUCGAGCCACUGAUAAAGCCUCAAUGGUACAUAAAAUGCGAUGACAUGGCUGCUAAUGCAAUGGAUGCUGUGAAUACCAACGAACUUAAAAUCAUACCGGAACAGUACAAAAAAACUUGGUUCCACUGGAUGGAAGGCAUUCGAGAUUGGUGCAUUUCGCGGCAGUUGUGGUGGGGUCAUCGUAUUCCCGCUUAUUACGUUUAUUUCAACGAUAAUGCAUGCUUCAAUGGCAAAGAUGACGAUCGCUGGGUUAGUGGGCGUAACGAGAAUGAAGCCAAAGAAAAGGCAGCAAAAAAAUUCAAUGUCGGCGUGGAUCAAAUAAGCCUCAAACAAGAUCCAGACGUUUUGGACACUUGGUUUUCCUCGGCGUUAUUCCCAUUCUCUAUUUUCGGAUGGCCAGACAAUACGGAAGAGCUCAAAGCCUUUUACCCUGGUACUCUGUUGGAAACUGGUCACGACAUCCUCUUCUUUUGGGUUGCACGAAUGGUAUUUUUCGGACAAAAGCUACUCGGAAAAUUACCUUUCAAGGAAGUAUAUCUUCACGCGAUGGUGCGCGAUGCACACGGUAGGAAAAUGAGUAAAUCGCUCGGGAAUGUGAUUGAUCCGAUGGACGUGAUUCGGGGCAUAAGUUUGCAGAAUCUUCACAAGCAACUGGAAAAUUCGAAUCUCGAUCCCAAGGAAUUGAAACACGCGAUCGAAGGACAAAAACGAGAUUAUCCACAGGGAAUUCCCGAAUGUGGUAGCGACGCAUUGAGAUUUGCACUUUGUGCUUACACGAGUCAAGGACGUGACAUCAAUCUCGAUAUAAUGCGCGUUCAGGGAUAUCGUUUCUUCUGUAACAAAAUUUGGAAUGCAACCAAGUUUGCGCUCAUGUAUCUCGGCGAUUUUCAGUACGAUGGCGACACUGAGAGAACAGACUUUAUGGAAAAAGAGAAUAUGAGAGUUGGCAGUAGGGAAUGGUAUUCGUCAACAUUGAGCGAAGCCUUCGUCCAGGAAGCGGUGAACGAUUAUUUAUCGGAUUAUCCGUAUUUGGACGGUUACACGCCGUCACAAGCGGAUGUAACGGUGUUCAAAGCUAUAAGCAAAAUGUCGAUUGAUUUACGGCAUAAGCCGCAUUUACGGCGUUGGAAAAAUCAUAUUAGCACGUUUAGCGGCGUUGAAAAAAUGGCUUUCCGACCGGAUAAUGGAGAGUUGUUCUCCCGUUGUUCUGACAUUACGAAUGGAAAACGCAAUGACGAUUUUUGCGCAUUUCAGCUCACUGGGAACGAAACAAACGUUGACGUGUGGAUGUUGUCAAGAGUUAGCCACGCAGCCAAAACUUGCGACGAAGGAAUGGCUCAGUACGACUUUACAGCAGCUACGACCGCUUGUUAUAAUCUUUGGCUCUACGAUCUUUGCGACGUUUAUUUGGAAUAUCUCAAGCCCGUCUUCCAAAAUGGUACUCCAGAGCAGAAAAUGGCAGCAAAAAGAGUUUUAUUCCAGACGUUGGACGUUGGUCUUCGUUUGUUGAGUCCUUUUAUGCCUUUCAUAACCGAGGAACUGUAUCAACGAUUGCCACGCACGAAACUCAAUUAUCCAAGCAUUUGCGUGAGUCCUUACCCUGAGGAAAGUGAGUGUCCUUGGAGAAAUUUGGAGAUCGAGAAAGACGUCGACUUUGCACAAAAAAUAAUAAAGAGCAUAAGAUCGGCGCGAUCGACUUACAAUUUACCGAACAAGACCAAAACCGAGGCUUACUUCGUGUGCACCGAUUCGGCGAUUCGAACAAAAGUUGAGAAUUAUAAUUCGUUGAUCGGAACUUUGGCAUAUUCGGUGGUCCAUCUGAGCGAGGCUCCUUCCGGUUGCGCAAUUAUCACAGUCACCGAUAAAUUGCAAGUUCAUUUGGUGCUCAAGGGUCUGAUUGACCCGGUAAAAGAACUUGAAAAACUUAGCAAAAAGGAAGAUUUGCUCGCUGGAGUUAUCGAGAAGUUGAAACAAGCCAUGUCGACCGACGAUUACGCUACUAAAGUGCCGCUCGACGUGCAGACGAGCAAUAAAGAAAAACUCGAAAAUAGUGAAGGCGAAUUGGAACGAUUGACCGAAGCUAUGCAAGCUCUACGAACGCUAAUUUAGUUCCCAACAUCAUUUAGUUUCCACAAUGAUGUAUACGUUUUUACGAUAAUAAAAACAUUCAUGAAUUUA